AUGGAACACAUAGAAGCGUCUUUCAGUCGUCUUCUCCCUCUCGAAGUUACGAGGGCGCCAUCAGGUGGCCUCACACUGGCUAUUGCUUACAUUCAUUCACGGGGCUACAUUCAUGGAGAUGAGUGA